AUGCCCCAACAGUCCGAAGCCAAACUUCUCCGUGAGCUCACCGAAGUCCCUGCCGGCUGGCCCGUGGCGACCGUCAUCGACGCCUUCCUCGACUUGGCUGUUUAUCAAGGCUAUGCUUCUGCGGAUCGAGCUCGCGAGGUGCUGAGCCUGCGGCUGGUGGAGCUCUGGGCCUCGCAGCCGGAGGAGGCCGAGGCCUGGCUCGAGCGCUGCCGGGAGCGCUUUGCGGCGGAGCUCGCAAACAAGGUGCCGAGGCCGGAGCGGCUCUGCGAGGCGCUGCUCCAGCACGGAGCGGUCGAGUGUGGGAAGUACGAAGACGACCUGUGGCGCUUCUCCGAGGCGGGGCUCCUUCGAGGCGAGCUCCGCCCAGCAGCGGAGCGGGAGGACUGGGCGGCUUUGUACCUGCAGGAUCCCCUCAUCCGCGAUCGCUGCCUCGAGCUCGCGGGUCGGCUCGUGGCGGCGGAGAGCACGGAGACGGCGCGGAAGUGGCAGAAGCUCGAAGCAGAGCUGCACACAUCGCAGGAAGAGGCCCGAGGGCUACGUAAUCGCUUGGCUGCAGCAGAGGUGGAGGUGUGUGGCAAGGAUGCGGAGCUCCAAGCGGCGCAGCGCGACGGCGCCAAGUGCAAAGAGCAAUGCGAAGCGCUUGCAAACCGCGCAGCAGUUGCGGAGUCCGCCGUGGCGAAGAUACGUCAGGAGCUUCUUGAAGCGCAGGCCUCCCAACGGGAGGGCGGGCAGCUGGUCACCGAGGCCGUGCUUCAGGACCGGUGCGAGCAGCUCCAACAGCAGCUUGCCAAAGCACAGGGCCAGAUGCAGGUCUGCUGGGAGCAGAAGGACAUGCAGAAGCAGCGCAUCCGUGAACUCGAGCACCAGCUCUUUGGAUCGCUUCUGCCCUCAGGUCCCACUGUCGCCAACCAGCUGGGGUUGAGCCUGGCCGGCGAGGACGGUUCCGCUUCUUCAGCGUUGAGCAACUCCUCUUGGUUCAUGGUGAGCCGGGGCACCGUGAAGCCGCACUGCUUCAUGACGGAUGCCGUUUUCAAGACGCGUGGCUACGACGUGGACUUCUUCCUGAUGGGGAGGGACCUUCAGAAAGGGUCGAAGGUGGUGGCCGGAGACGAUGUAACGAUCCUUCAGGUGGUCAAGACGCCGGAGAUUUGCGAAUCCAGCGAGGUCGUCGAGUUGCGGGCAGGGGAUGCUGUGCUGCAGGUGACUCCAGACCACCUGGUCAAAACCGGCGAGCCGGAGGAGAGCGUCUACCGUGCGGCUGGCCAGUUGAAGGUGGGCGACCUCGUAAUGCUCGACUCGGGGGAGGCGGCAGCCUUGACGAGCGUCACUGUGCGCCGCAUGGACUGCCAGGUGCUGAAGAUCAUCUUUGAGCCGGACCUCCCUGUCGCCGUCUUCUCCCGUCCGACCUGUAUCCUCAGCUUGGGCCACAAGCGGAAGCCGCCCAUUCGCCGCGGCGGAAGGAGCCCGAAGGUGCCCAGGUCUGCAGAUGACAGCUUGGACAGAGCCUCCAUUCCAGACACGGCCGGCGACUGCAUGGACUAG